GGUGGGUCAGCUGUGCAUGCCAGGUAGCCGUGUUCAGAACAGAUGGCUGUAGUGGCUGCGAGCGGUACGCAGAACUGCCCGGUGGGGACGAGGGGAUAACGGAAGAUCCUGAGUCCGAAGGUUAGGGGGGUGGGGUCGAAGAUGAACUUCCGGAAGACUUGACCAGAUUGACUUCGAUAAAUGAUUUGAACCGCUCCGGCUUUGAUUUCUUUAUCAAGACGGCAGCUACGUGAACACAAAGCCUCGGGAUAGAGUUGGCGUCUGAUCCUGGGUUUGGGAAUCAAAGAAGGGACUGGCGUGAGAGAUCUAAUUUACUUCGGACAAUUGGGAACCCACGGUUGAAAACUAGUUGCAUAUGCGUGGAGUAGUUAUAUUGUUUAAAGGGACUAGCUAAUCGCUCAUAUAGUGUUCCGUUGCUGCUACAGCUAGCUUGCUGACUUUCUUGUAAAGGAAUGUCCAAUGGAUGAAUGGGCAGCCACUUGUAUUGCUCGGGUUUAAACAGCUUCUUGAUGACCUCGGUGUUACAAAUGAUUUAUGUUAAGUAGCGAGCAACCUUGUUUUUGCUCCAUGUAUCUAAUAUAGUAUACACAAAGAAACAACAUCGCUUUUUAUUUUUGUUGCAGUCAGCAAUCUUGAUUUAAUGCAUGGUGCGGAAGGAGAACAGUAUUGAAGUUAUUCCUCGUGUGGAAUGGGGAAUACGAUAGCAUGCUGCGUGUCCCCGGAGAGAAGCCCAAAGUUACCAAGGCAACUGGCGGACCGCCAGGAAGACUACCAAAUAAGCACGAACGUGAGGGACGACACCGGCCCGUACCUGCAGCACAUUAGCGACAGAGAGGAACCUAACGAACUGGCCCAGGAGUUCCACCCAUCGAACCAUGCCCGACUCCGAACCAUCUUCCUCAGCAAGUCCCAGACAGACCGUGAGUUGAAAGACGAGAGGAAAAGCAAUCACAUAAACCAUGUUAGUCAUACCUCUCCUCUCUCUAAGAAGUACAGUUCCUGUUCCACCAUCUUUAUCGAUGACAGCACGGUCAGCCAGCCCAACUUGAAAAGCACAAUAAAAUGUGUUACACUAGCGAUAUACUACCACAUUAAAAACAGGGACUCUGACAGGUCACUGGACAUUUUCGAUGAGAAGAUGCACCCCUUAUCGAGAGAGCAGGUUCCUGGUGACUACUCUCGUACGGACCCCGAGCACAAACUCAUCUACCGCUUUGUCAGAACUCUGUUCAGCGCUGCACAGCUCACUGCAGAGUGUGCCAUCGUCACCUUGGUGUACCUGGAGCGUCUGCUGACCUACGCUGAGAUGGACAUCUGCCCAUGUAACUGGAAGCGCAUUGUACUGGGAGCCAUCCUGCUGGCCUCCAAGGUGUGGGACGACCAGGCUGUCUGGAACGUAGACUACUGCCAGAUCCUCAAAGACAUCACUGUGGAGGAUAUGAACGAGAUGGAACGCCAAUUCCUGGAGCUGCUGCAGUUCAACAUCAACGUUCCGUCUAGUGUUUAUGCCAAGUACUACUUCGACCUGCGCUCUCUGGCUGAUGACAACAGCCUCCGCUUCCCCCUGGAGACACUCGGCAACGAGCGGGCACAGAAACUGGAGGCCAUCUCCAGACUGUGUGAGGACAAGUAUAAGGAUUGGAGCCGAGCAGCCGUGAAGAGGUCCUUUAGCGCUGACAACCUGGUGGGCAUCCGCUGCGCCAAUGCUGUACUCUCAUAGGCCAGCCAUACUCCAAUGUUGUGCUCACUGGACAGCGACACAAUAUCUGACCUCUACAGCCUAACCAACAAACACUCCAGGAUACAUAACCAUGACUCGCCACCGACCCCUCUCAGGGAUUUGUCGUUGGCAGCCCCUUAUGCCCACUCCCCUGACUGGCUGGUCCCAGACCCCUGUGCAAAAGAACUUAUUCACUACAGAGAGAAGAGUAGACUCUCUUCCUGUAUAUUAAAAAAAAAAUUAUAUAUAUUUGCUUACUAUGUAGGCUGCUAGUUGUGACAUUUUUGUUUUUAAAUGGAAAAAUAAUUAGCAGAUGGAGUAUUUUAAAUAAACACUAAUCACCUG